AUGUCUUCCGAGAGCGACAAACCAUCAGCGGUUCGGGUUCACAUUGUCGUCGCCGGGGAAGAGGAAGGGACAACAUAUGAUGAUGUUCACUAUUGUGGGAAGUGUAAGUUGGUCUUCUCUAAUAUCAAAGACUAUUUGGAGCAUAAGGUUUCACAUGACAGCUGUCAAGUGACAUACAGUCGCUCUGCAAAAGACCGGCGCAUGUUUGUACCCAAUGUUGUUCCGAAGAAAAACAUCAAAACCAAUCAAGAUGCAGCUGCCACACAGACAAGCCAGGAGAAGAAACCGGUCCAGAAGAGAGUAUCCAGCCAACAAAAGGCUGUGGAUGAAAGCUUGAUUACUCAGAAGUUCACCUAUAGCUGUUCUGUUUGUACCAAAGAAUUCAACAGGGUAGCAGCUUUGAAACGGCACCUGGAGUAUGACCACAAGUUACGACAAGACUCUGACCCUUUCAAGGAGUCUGCUCACACCUCAGGGACAGACGAGGAGCAUGAGGGUGCAGCGGAGGAGGACAGAGAGGAAGAUGAUCAGCCUGUCCAGAAGAAGCCCCGGACUAGGAGGACAACAGGCCUGGGGGAUAAACCUCACAUCUGUGAAAUCUGUGGCAACAAGUUCAAAGAGGCUAGUGUGCUGAAGACCCAUAUGCUGAUUCACACCAAUGAGAGACUGUUUCCCUGCACAGUUGAUGGAUGUUCGUACUCAUUCAAGACCAAGGGUUCACUUACCCGACAUCUCAGGCGUCAUACAGGAGAAAAGCCCUACUCAUGUAACCUUUGUGGUCGUAGCUUUUCUGAAAGUGGGGCCCUCACUAGGCAUUUAAAAUCAAGAACUCCAUGUAGAAAUAAGUCGGACACAGACCUUCCAAGGUAUGGAAAGAGAUGGGGCUUUGAACACCCAGCACCCAUAGAUGAAAAAGCACCUGGAAGUGUACAAGGGCCAUCUGUCAACCUCCAGGUAACCGCAGAGAGAGGUGAGGAGGAGAAGGGUGGGAAAGGGGCCGAGGAGGCUGAUGUAGAGGACAGCCAAGGAGAGAAAGAGGGGGCGUCCGUAAAUCCGGAGAUAAACACGAAGAGGGAUUCUGUUGAAUUAGGAGAGGAAGUUAUAGACGCUUCUGAGGAGAAGACUAUCUUAACCAUGCCUGUGCAACUGCCAGAGAACGCCUGUAGGGUGUGUAGAUUGAGUUGUGGCAGUGUGGAGGAUCUCAAAUCACAUUUACGCCUGCACCUGGCUGAUACCUCGUUCCGCUGUGAACUGUGUCACUAUGUGGCCGACUCACAAGACCAACUGCUUCACCAUAAACAGAAUAUACAUGUCCAAAAGACCCAUCAGGGGCCCGUUGUCACCAUUGCUCAGGUACCCAAUGAUAGUACAGCUGCCACUUCAGAGAAAACACUCAGCAGGGAUGCUAAACUGGCUGUUCAGCAGCUGUUGGAGGUUCAAGGGUAUGGCUCUGAUGUGUCCUCGGUCAGCAUGAGCCAGGGGGAGAAGGCCGUGUACACCUGCCCGAUAUGUCAGAAAUCAUUACGUGGUCAGAGCUACAUCAACCAGCACAUGAAGACUCAUACAGGGGAACGCCCUUUCAAAUGCAUGCAAUGUGAGAAGACAUUCACCUGUCGGGACACCCUGACCAAACAUGUGGCCGUGCACACAGAGGAGAGACAGUACAAGUGUGGAGAGUGUGGGAAGCUGUUUAAGAGGAUCUCUCAUGUCAGAGAGCACCUGAAGAGCCAUAGUGGAGAGCGUCCAUUCCAGUGCAACGUCUGUGAGAAGACCUUCAAAACAUCAAAUGCUGCCAAGGUUCACUCAAGAACCCACAGUGAUGUUCUGCCUUAUGAAUGCCUUCAGUGCCACAAAUUCUUCCGUGAAAAAGGCUCUCUUCAACGACAUGUGCGAAUGCAUACUGGUGAAAAACCUUUCAAGUGUAAGCACUGUGGCAGAGCCUUUGCCGAACAUGGCACUUUGGGAAGACACCUGAAAGCAAAAGUGCCUUGUACGUAUUUCCCUCAGGGGGAAAACAAAUCUCAGGAGGGCUACCCAACAGUACUGGCAGAGUUCUCCUCAGUGGUGGCUGACACCCAACAGUAUAUCAUGCCUGAUACCCUUCCUGUGUCCACUGCGUCCCAGGAUUCACAUGGACAACUGUCCACAGAGUUGGUUGUGGUUCAGGCCUCUGAGAUUCCUGUGGAUCAAAUUCAGAAUGUGGAGAUCAUAGCCUCUGGAGCAGGAGAGGAGACGAUGGUGUUAAAUAGCGCAGAGGAUCUGGAGGAAGGCUCCCAGUAUGUGGUGCUCGGGGAGCCAGGCGAUGACCUGAGAGUGCUGGACCCACACACUGGGCAGACAGUGGCCACCGUGCCUGCCCACAUGGUCUCUAUGGCCCAGGAAGAGGGUGACAUAGAGGCCCUGAUCAUGAACCCUGACAAUGACGUGGAGGGAGUGGUCAUGAACUCUGACCAUCAAUACCCCCAGGAGUUCCAACUAGGGGUCAUGCAUAGCAGCUCUCAGGCCAUCCAUGACAGUCAGGUACAGACUGUGAGGAUCAUUGAUGCAGGGAGUGGUGUACGGACUGUGAGGAUCAACGAGGAUGGGAGUGCUGUAGAGACUGUGAGGAUCAACGAGGAUGGCAGUGAUGUCCAGACUGUGAGGAUAAACAAGGAUAGCAAUGGUGUGCAAAAUGUGAGGAUCAUGCAGGCUGAGGAUGGUGUUCACACUGUGAGGAUCAGUGAGGAUGGGAAUGUUGUACAAACUGUUAACAUGAGUGAGGUUGGCAGCAGUGCUCAAGUGGAGACAAUGAGUGAGAUUAGUGGUAAUGUAGAAGCUGUGACCAUGAGCCAGGACAGCGAUGUGGUCAGCCAGGAAGAGGCAUGUGUGGAGACCAUCAUUAUGAUGACUGAGGAGCAGAUGGAAGUGACAGACUCAAUCAAUCAGGUAAUCCUCCAGGACAAACGCCUCGGAGAAAACAACACGCAGGGACAACCUUCAGGCCUGGGAAAGAGUACCACUGCUGGAGAUCCUCUGACAGGCACAGAAUCAACUUAGAGAUAACAGGAACCAUAACUCAGGCUGUUGGACAG